AUGAGAUGGAGAGCUGGUAGAAUGACAAGGAAAGUGGAGGAGAAGGGGAAAGAUGAGGUUGAGAAAAGAACAGAGGAGAUGGAAGAGAGGAAGGUGGCAAAAGGAGAAUACAAAUUGGCGUAUGUGUGGGUAGAAGGAUGGAGGGAGAGAUUGAAGAGUACGAGCGGCUUGGUGAAUAAGGUGAGGGAAGAGGGAAAGUAUGAGGGAGAGGUUACGAAGAUUGAUGUAGACUGGUUGGAAGAGGGAAUCGGGAGGAUGGGGACCUAG